UCGAUUAUCGAUCCGACCUAUAUAUGGACGGACUAAUUAUCAAUCCGACAAAUGAGAAAAUAGAAGUAGACCAUUUUGCUAAUGAAAAUCUUGAAGAGGUUUAAUAGCCAAAUUUUCUCAGUAGGCCAUUUUGCUAAUUAAAAACUUAAACAGGCUUAAUAACCAAAUUUUCUCCUUACUUUCAUAAACAUUUUUUAUUAGAAUUGAUUUGCUACCUAAAUUUUUAAUUGACAAAGAUUCAUUCCCCACCUUAUAAUCCCUAUCUCAUGAACAAAGUACUUUAUUUCUAAUUUAAACUGAGGAAAAUAAUUCUUAUGUAGGUUUACAUAUUGGUUGUUAAUUUCCUCCGAAAGUCUAAUUUGCAACUCCUAAGUUGACUAUAUUUGUAAUUCCUUUAAUCUAUCCUAUUACGAGUAUACGUGCCACAUAAGUUUACUAUAAAUCUUUCUUAUAUAGUCAUUGUUUUGCCAGUGUCCUUUGUAAUCCCUUCAGCCACCCAUGGCUGCCAGUGUUUCUGUUGCUUCUUCCACCACCAAUCUCCUCGACCGACGACUCUUGUCGUCUCCACCUUGCAGAACAACUCCGGCCUAUAAAAACAUACUAAUUAAACCGUACCAAGAACAAUGUUUCUUGAUCAACUCUUCCAAUAAGAAGAGCCCCCGGUCCUUAGCUCCUAUGGUUGUUAAUUCUUCACGUAAAUUAAUGAAUGUGGAUCAACAACAUGAUCGUUAUUUGGAAGACGACAAGCCUAGGGAAGAGUGUGGAGUGGUUGGCAUCUAUGGUGACCCAGAGGCCUCGCGCCUCUGCUAUUUGGCACUCCAUGCACUUCAACACCGCGGUCAGGAAGGUGCUGGUAUGGUUUCUGUCCACAAUAACGUUCUCAAUUCGGCUACAGGUAUUGGGUUGGUCUCUGAUGUCUUCAACGAGUCGAAUCUUGAUCAACUUCCAGGUGACAUGGCUAUUGGUCACGUCAGGUAUUCAACUGCUGCUGGCUCUUCUUCAAUGCUGAAAAACGUUCAGCCUUUCGUUACAAGUUCUAAAUUUGGAUCCUUUGCUGUUGCCCACAAUGGUAAUUUUGUGAAUUACCAAUUGCUUCGUGCUGAACUUGAGCAGAAGGGGUCAAUUUUCAGUACCACCUCUGAUACGGAGGUAGUUCUUCACCUUAUAGCAAAAUCAAAGGCAAGGUCUUUUGUUUUGAGGAUUCUUGAGGCUUGUGAGAAGCUCCAGGGAGCUUACUCAAUGGUGUUUGUGACCGAGGAUGGUAAGCUAGUUGCAGUAAGGGACCCCUUUGGGUUCAGGCCAUUGGUUAUGGGUAGAAGGAACAAUGGCGCUAUAGUUUUUGCUUCAGAGACAUGUGCUUUGGACCUGGUUGACGCUACGUACGAAAGGGAGUUCCAUCCUGGUGAGAUGGCGCUAGUAGAUGAUAUCAAUAAACAACCUCAAUCAAUGUAUCUCCUGAGGCCUCAUAUCCCUGAGCCUAAAUCUUGCAUCUUUGAGCACAUUUACUUUGCCCAACCCAAUUCAAUAGUAUUUGGGAAGUCAGUAUACGAGUCCAGACAUGCUUUCGGGGAGAUUCUUGCUACAGAAUCCCCUGUGGAGGGCUGUGAUGCUGUGAUAGCAGUACCAGAUUCAGGUGUUGUAGCAGCACUUGGCUAUGCAACCAAAUCAGGGGUACCAUAUCAACAAGGCUUAAUAAGAUCACACUAUGUUGGCAGGACAUUUAUUGAGCCAUCCCAGAAGAUUAGGGAUUUCGGGGUGAAGCUUAAGCUCUCGCCGGUUAAAGCAGUAUUGGAAGGGAAAACAGUGGUAGUUGUGGAUGACUCAAUCGUCAGAGGGACGACAUCGUCAAAGAUUGUGAGGCUGUUAAAGGAGGCAGGUGCGAAAGAGGUCCAUAUGAGGAUUGCAAGCCCUCCAAUUAUAGCUUCUUGUUACUAUGGAAUAGACACUCCUAAUGCAGAAGAAUUGAUAUCUAACAGAAUGAAUGUGGAGGAGAUUAGGAAGUUUAUUGGGGCGGAUUCUCUAGCCUUUCUGCCAUCGGAUAGCUUUCGUAGGUUAUUAGGCAGUGAUCAUACAAACUUUUGUUAUGCUUGCUUUACAGGCAAGUACCCACUCUACCCAAGUGCAGCUAUGGAGGAGUCUAUAGAUGAUACAAUGAAGUCAACCAUAGGGCAGCUCGGUGCACUAAAGCUCCCUCUAUAAUGAAGUCACCCCUAGCUGCUAAAUAAUUUUUUUUUAUAGUGUUCUUGAAUGAUUCUUUG